AGCCUGGGCCCACCCCCUGCGGCAGUGCAUCCUCUUGGCCCCUUGCAAAGCGGAACGCCCCCCUGCAGGUGCCCAGACCCGCUAGAGGCGAGCAUGGCUGAGCAGGAGCCCACCGCCGAGCAGCUGGCGCAGAUCGCUGCCGAGAACCAGGACGACGAGCACUCGGUCAACUACAAGCCCCCGGCCCAGAAGAGCCUCCAGGAGAUCCAGGAGCUGGACAAGGACGACGAGAGCCUGCGCAAGUACAAGGAGGCGCUCCUGGGCCGCGUGGCCGUCGCCGCCGACCCCAGCGUCCCCAAUGUCGUGGUGACCCGCCUGACCCUGGUGUGCAGCUCUGCGCCGGGCCCCCUGGAGCUGGACCUGACGGGCGACCUGGAGAGCUUCAAGAAGCAGUCCUUCGUGCUCAAGGAGGGCGUGGAGUACCGGAUAAAGAUCUGUUUCCGGGUGAACCGGGAGAUCGUGUCCGGCAUGAAGUACAUGCAGCACACGUACCGGAAAGGCAUCAAGAUCGACAAGACGGACUACAUGGUGGGCAGCUACGGGCCCCGGGCGGAGGAAUACGAGUUCCUGACGCCCAUGGAGGAGGCCCCCAAGGGCAUGCUGGCCCGGGGCAGCUACAACAUCAAGUCCAGCUUCACAGACGACGACAAGACCGACCACUUGUCCUGGGAGUGGAACCUCACCAUCAAGAAGGAGUGGAAGGACUGAGCCCGCGGAGCGGCGGCCGGACGGAAGUGCCCCCCCCCCCCCCCCAGACCAAAGCGCUGACAGGGCCGCCGCCUCCUGCCCGGCCUGCCCCCGGCCAGCGGCGGCCCCUCCACCUCGCCCUCCCCCGCCCGCAGGCCCCAGCCUCCUCGGUGGUCUCGUGUCUCAUUGCUGCUUCCGCCCGCGCUGUGGGGCAGGGGCCCGGGCCCGGCUCCCCAGUCUCCGUGAGCCCUCCCCGUCCCGACCCGCCACCCCGUUUCUCCAGGGAGUGGGCGUGGCACUGCCCCUGGGGCUCGGGCUGUUCUGAGCCUUGGGGUGGCCCCCUCCGUGUCCCCCUCGUUGCGGGAAGGGGCGGGGACGCGGCCCAGCACCCAGCACCCUCCCGGCGGCCGCCGUGUCCUGUCACUGUAACCGUGAUGCCUUAACAUGCGGAGCUCGAGCUGGGGCCUCGCCGCCCCCGACCGCGUCUGCAUGAGCAUGUGGUCCCGUCCCGCCCGCGGCCCGGGAAAGGCGGCGCCUGCCCGCCCGGCCGGCCAGGGCGCUCCCGGAGCUGGGGAGACCAAGUUGCCAAAACUCCAGUUGCCUCCAGGCCCACCCGAGAGGGCUGCGCUCGGGCCUCCCCCGGCCAGGGCCCUCGGCCCGUCAGUGUUCCCGCGCCACCUGUGCGCCCGGCGCUGCCGCCUGCCCGGACCCAGCGAGGAGUCCAGCCCCUCCUUGUGCCUGCCCCCGCCCCAGUCAGGCGCAUCCGCGGGCGCCUGGCCCUGCUUCUCCUUUUCUGACCGGGAAUAAAGUCCCCCAACGGCG